AUGUUCAGCAGAAAACAAUCUGUAAGCACCGACUCCCGUGGUACUUUCAGUUGGUACAGGAGACAACAGUCUGUAAGUAUAUCUCUAGAAACAGCAAAUUUCCAAGAACCCAAGAACAAGUUAUUCAUUGUUGUCAGUUUAGAAAGUACAGAAGACGAAAAUGAGAAAGCUAAAGCAGAAAUGGUCAACCAUGCAACAACACUUCCUCUAACUAGUGACAAAAGCCAGGGCCCAUCAUUCCUCAGCAUUCUAGCUAGUUUUAAAUUUCAGUCCAUUGGCAUAGCUCGUUUGCUAAUCCAUUUUGGUUGGACAUGGGUGGGCUUCAUAGCCUCAGACAAUGACUAUGGUUUAGAAGGUAUCCAAAAUUUUAAGAAUGAGUUUCUCAAGGCUGGUGGAUGCAUUGCAUUCUCGGAAAUAAUUCCAGCACAAAACUAUGAGAAAAAGAUGAAUCAAGCUGCUGAGAUGAUUAAGGCAUCUACUGCAUCAGUGGUUGUUCUUUACCUAACCACAGAAAAAAUGAACCCAUUAAUGGAGACAAUAUAUUUACAUGGAAUAAGUGGAAAAGUAUGGAUUGUUACUUGUCCUUGGCCCAGCGGUGAAGACUUUAAUAAUCAACAUAUUCGAAUUGUAGCUAAUGGUACCAUUGGAUUUUCAAUCCAUGCGGGUCCAAUUGAUGGCUUCAAGGAAUUUCUCCUUAGUAUUCAACCUUCAAAAUCACCAGAUGAUAUUUUCAUAAAAGAAUUCUGGGAGCAAGCAUUUGGGUGCAGGUGGCCAGAAAAUGCCAUUGGUGAGAGAAAAGAAAACAGAACAACAAACACGCCCCCAUUCUGUACAGGCAGUGAACGGUUAGAGACAAUCAAUAGUUCCAUAUAUGAUGUUUAUAACUUCAGGUAUAGCUACAAUGUGUAUAAUAUUUUAUAUUCCCUGGCUUAUGGGCUUCACGAUCUGCUUUCCUGUAAAUCAGCUGAAGGACCAUUUAGCAAUGGAUCUUGUCCAAAGGUUCCAUAUUUUCAUCCGUGGCAGCUCUUUCACUAUGUGAGAAAUGUCAGAUUUAGAAACAAAGCAGGAGAUUUGAUCUUUUUUGAUGAAAACAGAGAGUCACGUGCCCGAUAUGAUAUCAUAAACUGGCAAACAUUCCCUGACGGGAGCCUCAGAACGCCCUUGGUUGGAGGCUAUGACUCAUGGGCUUUGGAUGGUCAUGAACUUACCAUCAACAGCAAUAUUAUAAUGUGGAAUACAGAAAACAAGCAGGUGCCACGUUCAGUGUGCAGUGAGAGCUGCUCCCCUGGGUACAGGAAGGCAACACGUCGCGGAGAACCUCUUUGCUGCUUUGACUGUGUCCCUUGUGCUAAAGGAGAAAUUUCUAACCACACAGACUGUUCAGAAUGUUUCCAUUGUCCUGAAUAUUACUGGCCUAAUGACAGAAAAGAUAACUGCAUUCCAAAGCCUUUUGAAUUCCUCUCCUAUGUUGAACCCUUAGGAGUAUCCCUUUGUACCAGCACCAUUAUCACCUGUCUUCUCUGCAGCUGUAUUCUGUGUAUAUUCAUUAUGAAUCGCAACACUCCCAUUGUGAAGGCCAACAACCGAUACCUAAGUUAUGUCCUGCUUCUUGGCCUCAUGUUUUGUUCUCUUUGCUCCUUUAUAUUCAUUGGUUAUCCAAUGAAGCUGACAUGCAUGCUGAGACAGUCUUUGUUUGGUGUUAUAUUUUCCAUCAGCGUAUCUUGUAUUUUAGCAAAGACAAUUACAGUGGUUAUUGCCUUCAAUGCAACCAAUCCUGCAAGCAAACUUCAUAACUGGGUAGGGUAUGAAAUCCCUAACUCUGUUAUCAUUGUGGGUUCAUCUGUUCAGUUUCUGAUAUGCACUGCCUGGUUGAUUUCUUGCACUCCAUUUCCAAAUCUUAACAUGGAAUCUGAAGAAGGGAAGAUUAUUGUUGAAUGCAACGAGUGUUCUGUUGUUGCCUUCUGGUGCAUGCUGGGAUACCUGGGAUUCCUGGCCACAGUUAGCUUUUUUGUAGCCUUCCUGUCAAGAAAGUUGCCAGAUAGCUUUAAUGAAGCAAAAUAUAUCACAUUUACCAUGCUUAUGUUUGUCAGUGUGUGGUUGUCAUUUGUUCCUGCAUAUCUGAGCACAGGAGGAAAAUACAUGGUGGCAGUAGAAGUGUUUGCUAUCAUUUCUUCUACGGCUGCAAUGUUGGGGUGUAUAUUUUUUCCAAAAUGUUACAUUAUUUUGCUGAGACCUGAACUGAACUCUAGAGAAUAUUUAGUAGGAAAGGCAGGUAUUAGUAGCAAAGCACAGUGA